GCGGGAACUUCCGCUCCAGGGAAAGGGGCGGAGCCUGCGGGGAGAGCGGGUAGAACUGCCCUAUCCAGACCAUGGACCCUGAGGUGUCCCUGCUGCUGCAGUGCCCCCCGGGGGGGCUGCCUGAGGAACAGGUACGGGCUGAGCUGAGCCCAGCCUACGACCGUCGCCCACUGCCAGGAGGGGACAAGGCCAUCACCGCAAUCUGGGAGAGCCGCCUUCAGGCCCAGCCCUGGCUCUUUGACGCCCCCAAGUUCCGUCUGCACUCUGCCACCCUGGUUCCCACUGGCUCACCGGGGCCACAGCUGCUCCUGCGCCUGGGCCUUACUUCCUAUCGAGACUUCCUGGGCACCAACUGGGCCAACUCAGCUGCCUGGCUGCGACAGCAGGGGGCCACCGACUGGGGUGACAAGCAAGCCUACCUGGCGGACCCCCUGGGGGUGGGCGCUGCACUGGCCACUGCUGACGGCUUCCUUGUCUUCCUGCGCCGCUCUGGGCAGGUGGCUGAGGCACCUGGGCUAGUGGAUGUGCCCGGUGGGCACGCUGAGCCUCAGGCCCUGUGCCCAGGUGACAGCCCCCUGCACAAGAACCUCCCUGGGGAGCUGGUGGUGCAUGAGCUCUUCUCCAGUGUCCUCCAGGAGAUCUGUGAUGAGGUGAACCUGCCGCUGCUCACCCUGAGCCAGCCACUGCUGUUGGGCAUCGCCCGCAAUGAGACCAGUGCCGGCCGUGCCAGUGCCGAGUUCUAUGUCCAGUGCAGUCUGACUUCUGAGCAGGUGAGGAAGCACUACAUGAGUGGGGGACCAGAGGCCCACGAAUCCACAGGAAUCAUCUUUGUGGAGACACAGAGUGUGCGGAGGUUGCAGGAGACUGAAAUGUGGGCCGAGCUCUGCCCCUCGGCCAAAGGUGCCAUCUUCCUCUACAACAGGCUCCAGUGAAGUUCCACCUGAGUCGCCCUAGAGUCCUCAGCCCUAUCACCACAGCUUGGAAGACAAUAAAGGACUUUAUUCUUGGA